AUCCUGAAACAGUUACAAAAGUUGUCCUGGCCUUUAUGCCACUCUGAACAAAAUGUAGAAACUGAUCCUGAAUCAAGCUUAGAGCACGCUAACGUCGAUGGAUACGUCAAUGUAAACUGAAAUACGGCAAACACAAAAUGCAGUGUCCAUGCUAUUGUGAAGACAAAGUACGUUUAGAUAAUCGCGUGGAUUCAUAAUUUUGGCUCUACUGUUACCUCGAUAGUUUUACUAGACUUAAAAGGUUACAGCACUACAUGCCAAGCAUUGUAAACUUACUUGGCUGACGUUUAUAGUGGAACUGGCGUGAUGGAAACAGAGGAGCAAGCGAGGAACCGUUUCCAGUUGGAGUUGGAAUUCGUUCAGUGUUUGGCAAAUCCAAAUUAUCUUAAUUUUCUCGCUCAGAGAGGUUACUUCAGGGAAAAACCCUUUGUGAACUACUUAAAGUACCUGCUCUACUGGAAGGAACCUGAAUAUGCCAAAUUUCUGAAAUACCCCCACUGCCUGCACACGCUGGAGCUGCUUCAGUACGAGCACUUCCGCAAGGAGCUGGUGAACGCACAGUGCACCAAGUUCAUCGACGAGCAGCAACUCCUCCACUGGCAGCACUACGCUCGCAAGCGCACACGGCUCCAGCAGGCCCUGGUGGAGCAGCAGCAUCAGGCCCAGCAGCAGCAGCUCCCACACAGCAACGCCGUGGCCAAGUGAGGAGAGAGAGAGAGACAGCCCUUACUCCAGCAGCAGGAUAGGGAGUGGUAAAGACCUGGGAGGAUGGAGAGAAGAAUGAGAGAGAGAGAGAGAGAGCGAUAGAUAGAUAGAUAGAUAGAUAAACAGCCCACCUUUACUCCAGCAGGGCAAGGGGAUGGAGGGAUAGAGACAGGAAGAAUGAGGGAGGGAGAGAAAGAGAUAUACAGACUUACUAACAGUCUCCUGAAGACACACUCCCUGGAGAAAACAAAUUCAGUGCAAGCGGGAUGGUAUUUGCUAGCCUUAAUGUUCAUGUGAAGUCUCCCCAACGCCAGCAUGGAAGGAGAGAAUGGAGAGAAGGGGAAAGAACGGAAGAGCGAGGGAUGUUCCGACAGUGGAUGGAGGCUUACGCUGUGGAUAGAUGUUUCCGUGGCAUUGUUCACAGUGCAUUUUUUCUUCCACAUGAGAUCUUGUACACAACCAACACCAAAAUACUUUUAAAAAUAUGAGAGUCUGGGUGAAGUGCACCGAUUCCGGAUGAAUCUUGGAAUUUGUCCCAGAUGGGAGAGCCCAUCCCGGAAAUAAGUGCUCCGAUGAGUUAAUUUGUGGUAUGCAAGAUGUCUGCCAACGUGGAACAAAGCAGUCAUCAGUUGGCGGUAGUUUUUUUUCAUCACCAUUUUGUUUGCCCUCCUCAGGUUUUUAGUAAUUGUGUAAAUGUCCUGACUAAUGAUGAUUAGUAUAUGGGGUAACAACUUUUGUCAACUUAUUAAAAAUAUUUUGCAUAUCAAA